CGACGACAGAUGUAUUUAUAUUUAUUAAGAGAUAAGUACUUAACAAGAAACGAAAGUUCAAUCUUCCUGCUUGUUAUAUAAGAACUCUCGAUCAGCUACACCUCGAAAACCAAUAAGCAAACUCCAAUUUUUCUCGUCGUUUCACGGACAAAAUGGACGAUUCUUCUGUAAUAACUUCUCGACUUCACGUUAGAAUUAUUUACUGUUUAAUAGUUUUAUUAAUAGGGAUAUCGGUAUUUAAUUCGUACUUAUAUCUUAAUUAUUCAUCUAAUUCUAUUUGUUCCGGCUCGGUUAACUUGCAACUAAGAGCUUACGAAAAUGGCGUUAGAAAAUUAGAAGAUCGUUUUAAUACUUUUCACGAGAUGUGGCGAGAUAGACUGAACAAAAGAUCGUCAAAUCAGCAGAGCCGAUGCCAAAUCAAGAUUUAUAUAGAAACCGAAAAGGAUCAGUUUUCUGAUAGUGUAUUGUUAACUGACAGGUAUUGCAUAAAGGAAUCUACACUCGAAAACUAUUUUCGGCGGGUGGCUAAUUACAGUGUAAACGAAACUCUACGACUACGAGCUGUCAAGAAAGAUGUAAAACGUGAAAUAAGACGUCAAGAUGGCGAAAAAGACUAUCAGCACAGUGAAACAGAAUAUGAGAAACUGGUGAAUUCAAUAAUUUCUGACAGAGGUUGGAUAUCAAAAAACAAAGACAAAAUAGGAACCUGGAGUAAAUCAGAUUGCGCGGAAUUGAUUAAAGAACUGUCACGUCUUUACCGUGAUGAAAUCGAGAGAUUAGAGAAUCUGUUUAACUCCUUCAAAGAGAUUGUGCAAAACAAGUCGAAUAAAACAAGUGAAAUUGCAAAUGAUUGCGAAAUCACAGCUUUUCCACAAGCGAUAAAGGUGCACGGGACUUAUUCGCUCACUGGUAAUUUCUGUGUCGAGAAAUCUUUCCUUAAGAAAUACGUUCUACAAACAGUCGACUUGUGUAAGGGAUUCAAUCAAAGACAAGAAGGUCAGAAAGAGGGAUCGAGACAAGUUAUUUCAAGAUUCCCAGAAAUAAACAUUCCUUCUGAUGACAGUAAACCGAAAGACUGUGUCCUGGAGAAAAUCGAAGAAGAAGGAUCUUUUUUCAAAAUACCUGAUGAGGUUCGGGGUAGAUCUUUUCUUUUGACCACCGAUCCGUUCGGAAACGAUUCCGAAAACGAAUUUAGCGUUUGGAUAAAAGAAUUUCUCACACCCAAUAUAACAGAAUACAGAUUCAAAACAUCUGGCCAAUACGAAAUCGUCAGUCGUGGCACAUUACCGGACGAAUUUUAUAAAUACGGCUUCUUAUACAACGGAAGUUUCUUCAGCGAAUACAAGGAAGAAAAAAGAAUCGCCAAAUACAAUUUGAAGACAAACGAAACGUCGAAGGUGAAAGAGCUGGACGACGGUUACUUUUUCAACGACAACCUGAUCUUCUUUUACGCGGACGAAUAUGGAGUCUGGACUUGCUACUACACUCGAAAUAGCGCAUACGUAGUGUUGAGGAUCGAUCCGAAGAGUAUGGCCAUUUUGUCGAAGCAGAUCGUUCCCGCCAAUUGCUACUUAUACAGGUUUUUCGUUGCAUCUGGAAGAAUUUACUGCGUCUCAGAGCAGGAAGACCAGAUUACUUUGUUAUCGGAUUUCUUCUCCAGAGACAAUCGAAACGUUUCUAUAAAUUUCCACCCCAAUAAAUUCGCUCGUUACCGUUAUCUCUUCUCUUACAAUUAUAGAAGUCAAUAUCUUUAUGUUUAUGACGAAAACAUAUUCAUGAGAUACAAAUUAUAUUUUAAUUGUUCUAAUUAAUGUUAAUCAUUUCAAUUGAAAUUUCUGUUAUUUUGAUUAAAUAUUUACAAGUAA